AAUAAAUUGAGGGUGUAUAUAUUCAGUGAAUGUCUUGAGUAUAGUGUAAAAUUUCCCUACCUCAUUAAGCUGUUUUGUCAACUUAUCUCUUGUUCCUUUAAUUUCUAGUACUUUUUUCACUACAUUUACAUUUGAACCAGAUUUAAUGUUGAGAACGUCUCUCAAUUUUUGAAAAUCCACUUCAGUCUGAGCUCGAAAUGUCUCACUUUCAUCCAGAGUUUUUCUCGUAUUAACCAAAUCUUUUUUCAAUUUCAUCAACUUUUUCUCAUACGACUCGUUUGCGCUAAGCGUUCCAGCGACAGAAUCUCUAUUCAUUAAAGUCUUCUCUGCUUCCAGACUCACCAAAGCAAGCUUCAAAGAGUGCACUGUGCUUUCUGUGCGACAUACUCGCGCUACUAAUUCUUGAUAAUUGCUCUUCAAAGCUUCAUAUUUUCCGACAUCAUAUUUAUCGACUUCAAAAGGAGUUAUAGCUUCAAUAACGCUUCGUCUUGAAACAUUAUGUGGUGUCUCAGCAUCGGCAUUGAAACCGUAUCCUGACAAAUGUUCAGAUAGCUUUUUCGCUUCGUUUUCGGCUUGGUCCAAUCUCUCAUGAAGUAAUUUUAAAGUCUUCUCAGGCGGUGAGUUGCUUUUUUUCGAUGCAGGUAAGACAGCUUUAUCCAUUAAAAUGUUUGUGCAAACUCUCUCCGUUAUUAGACGAAAAUAAAUCAGGGUUUUAAAUAAAAAAUUUAAAAAAUCCGCCAAAUUUUGCGGCCAUUUUGUUUUUCCAUAUAACUAGUGCCCAAUCUUUUUGUGUUUAUCCUCAGUUUAUCUGACAGACAUUCCAAUUUCCAAACUUGUUUUUGGUUUUUAUGAAAGAACCAGAAUUAUUGUCGAGGAAAAUGUAACUAUCCAUGGUAAAUACAUGUGCAAACACUCUGUAAAAUCACACUGAAUAAAAGGAAAUAAGACACCCCUAGCUAGUAAGUGUUUUGAGGUUGUAGCAAAUUAAACAAUUUAUACAUACAUCAUGGUGAUGGACAACAUAGCUGAAUUUUUAAUUGGCUCAACAGCCGCUUGUGGAGCAUGUAUUUUUACAAACCCUUUGGAAGUUGUGAAAACUCGAAUGCAACUACAAGGUGAACUUCAAGCGAGAGGGACAUAUGCCAGACAUUAUCGAAAUGUUUUCCAUGCGUUUUACACCAUAGCUCGGGUAGAUGGUAUCACAGCGUUACAGAAAGGACUGGUUCCAGGUCUUGCAUAUCAAGCAGUGAUGAAUGGAGCACGGCUUGGUACAUAUCAACAUGUUGUCAACUCUUCCUUGGUUCGAGAUCGCGACGGCAGGCUUGUUGCAUGGAGGUGUGUUGUGGCUGGUGGUGUUUCAGGUUGCAUUGGAGCUUUUUUAGCUAGUCCUUUCUACAUGGUGAGUAUGCUAGCCUGGUGACCAUAGGCAUACAAGAUUGGAGGUACCUGCCCAGAGAGACUGAAGUUGGGUAAAUUUUAAAUGUAAUUGGGGCAAAAAGUUCGGGGAAAUAAAUUGAAAAGCAAGAAAUAUGUGAGAUAAUAGUUGAAAAUGCAAGAAAUAGAGAGUUUAGUAGGAAAAAAUUGAUCAGGCAAAAUGCAACAAAGUUGAGCAAAUUUUUUUCUGUCCCUCCUAAUUUUCCCUCCUGUAUACCUAUGCUGGUAUGGUAGCCAGAAAACUGACUUGAGCAAACUACGAUCCACAGGGCUGGUGUGUGGCUAGAACUGUAGAUUACACUUGUGGGACUUGUAAUUGCAUGAUUUUCUCCCAGACUAAAUUUAAUGAGUGUCUUCUUCUAUUGGGAACCCUGGCCUCUCUUCCUAAAAAAUGUGUUCUCUUUUAACCUUUAUAUUUUAAAAAUCUUGUUUAGUUCAAAACACAGCUCCAGUCUAAAGCAGAAGAAAGGAUUGCUGUUGGAACACAACACAAUAUCACAAGUUUUACAAGAGCUGCAAUGGAUGUUUACAAACAAUUUGGAAUUCUGGGUCUUUGGCGUGGUGCAAGUGGUGCUGUAUUACGAGUGAGCGUAGGUUCUGCUGCGCAACUCUCUACAUUCUCAAUAACGAAGGACAUGAUUGAGCGAAAAAACCUCUUUAAAAAAGACAGCUUCUUUCUCGGGGUUGCUGCAAGCUUCUGUAGCAGUUUUGUUGUUUGUGUUGCCAUGACACCUUUUGAUGUUGUUAGCACAAGGUUAUACAAUCAAGGGAUUGAUAAAGCAGGCCAAGGUUUACUUUAUAAUGGACCGUUUGACUGUAUUGUUAAAAUAUUUAAACAGGAGGGGAUUUUAGGUUUUUAUAAAGGUAUUGGUGCUCAAUAUUUCAGAUUGGGACCACAUACAAUAUUAAGUCUGGUUUUCUGUCAUGAACUAAGGAAAUUUUACUAUGGUUUCAACAAAAAUGGGAAAUAAUAAUUUAAAUCAAAUUAAAACAAUUAUCUAUGUAACUCAAUGUAUGGAUAUUUAUAUUAAAGCAAUUGGUUGUCAUUUAACAACCAACAUGAUAAUAUAUAAUACAAUUUGGUUCCUUAUAUAAAAAAUGUAAAAAAUAAACAUCUAAUGUUUUUUAUUUGUUUUGAACUGGUUUCACCAUUGAUGCACACUAUUGAAGUCUCUUAUUAUUUUUAUUUUACCAAUGAAGUAAAAGUGCUUGGUAUUAGCAGUUUAAGACUCCCAAACAUCACCAGUUUUGUUUAGGAAAACAUGCAUUAAAUCCAGUGGCACCCCCAAUAACUUCUUUAACCCAUUGAGUGGCAGCACUCUCCCCUUGUCUGGCAUUAGAGCAGGCAAAAUAAUAAAGUAGUGUGCCAAAGGGUGUAUUGCCACUCAAAGGGUUAAAUUUAUUGCAGUUGUAUAACUUCAAAUGUACAAAUCUUGUAACAGUGGGUGGUAAUAUGGUGGCCACCUAACCCUUCAUAUUAAGUGUCUGCUGCUGAUUAAACCAAAAUAUAACACAGAGUAGACCAGAGCUUUUGUAAUUAUUUUUUUAAGAGUUAUAAAAAUAUGCAGAAUUAUGCCUUUUUAGAUUCAUCCUUUUUAUGAAACAUGUUAACAACACAAUUUUUUUCAACCAUUAAAUUGCUACAACCGAACAUUUAAGUUGAGUUGUAACAUUUUCAUUGAUGACAAUACUGACGACAUGGUCACCACAAGAUGUGAUUGGCUUAGACAUUUCAACACAAUGUAUGGGCACAACAACACUAAGUUUCUUUCGACAUUGAGUUGAGAUAUCAUGUUUUGUGAUCUCCCAUGGUUCCACUUCUUCUUUCACUGGAAUCUUCAACACAGCAGUUUCAAAGAAAGGUAAAAUCUUUGGAUCAGAUACCAGACUGCCAGUACCUCCUUGCACAGUCUGAGUUGCCAGGUAUUUUUCUUUGUUUUCUUCUGUUGCAUAUACAGCUAGUCUAUUUAGAAUCAAAUAAUUUCGACCAUAUCCACGUUUUACUUGUACCGGUUGACCAGCAACGCCCAAGUUCGGGACAUCUUCUUUCAAUAUUAGAUCUAACCGUGGUUUUCUGUUAGCACGUUUGUUCACUUUUACCAAUUUAUUGUAGUCAAAUUUUUGAGUUCUUUUGUUGAAAUUUCGAUAGAAAAUUUUACUGCAGUCGCGAGCUGUAUUUCCAAUGAGAAAUCUGCCAAAAUUCAUACUUGGAGUAGGAGAAAUUAAAGCAAAAUGUGAAAAUUGCUAAAUAAGAACUCCUUUUCAGGCCGCCAUCUUGAAUGUGGCGCGUUCAAGAGCCUAGUACCAAGACAAUCAAGACGGGGG